CCUUGGACCGUUACCCGUCUUUUGACCACCGGUCGCUUACCAGCUACCGCUCGCCGCUUGCGUAUCGUUGUUCAUUUGACAAAAGCGGAUUUACUUAGAUUACUCCUUGUGAUUUGCUUAUUGUGGUUGAACUUGUCAGCGGAUCUUCGGUCUUGGUGCCUCUGCUCUUUGUGGAAGUACCUGUUGUCCCAUCCUUGAAGUUCACCUCUGCUUUGUGACGCCUUUUACGAUUUGCACCCCGGAAUUCCUGAUUUCACCUCACAAGGAUGCCUGUUAAGAUAACCAAAGAAGACGAAGCUCUCCUUGAUUUAUAUAGUCGUUAUGCUUCCAAAAGGUCAAAUCAUUUGAUCUUCGGGAAUGCUGUGCUCAUCUCUUUGAUUCCAAUCUGGCUAUUUUGGAGAGUACACUCUUUAAAGCUUCUUUCGAAUAUGUUAUUGUACGCCAUAGUUUCCUCGAUCUCCGCAUUUCUUAUGUCUUACGCUUACAAGGGUGCGAAGACCCCUCUUAUGGAACGCGUUGCAAUUAAACGGAGUGAGGCAAUUGCAAAGGAAAUGUCUGUCGACGCAGACAAGGAUAAAAAGGCGUCUAGAAAAGAAAGGGAAGAUGCAAUACGGGAGCGCACGAGGGAAGUUUCGGACUAUGAGUCUACGGCCUUUUCCAUAUUCUUCAACAACUGUAUUUUCCUGCUGAUCCUCAUCAUAUCAUCUAUGGUGUUGCAGCAUUUUUCGGGACAGAUCAAUUAUUUCGUCUCCAUGCUUCUCGCUACAGGACUAACAGCUUUUCUGUCCUCUGGGAAGAACUCACUGUGAUCGCUUUGCCGCCUGUUUUCCAAAUGUACCCUUUGGCGAA